CCGCCACUGGCAGGCCUGUUCCUUGCACGGCUCUUCGUCGGCCCCGCUAUCCCCAGCUCCUUCUCGCUGCCCGCUUCGACGUCCUGGCGCGCCAUCCACUCCUUUGUCCGUAUUCCCGUUGAAAAUAUUCUCGCAACGUCCCCGCUUGUCGCUUGAAGAACCGCGCGGCUGUGGAAAACAACCGCGCAGCUGCGGCCCUACACAUUCGAACGCUCGACGCUAUCUCGACGCCGGACAGUUUUCCGUACAUACCAUCACAGUAAUCUCUAGGUGAAAUUGCAAUGGCUCCAGGGUCUACUCGCAACAGCUCCCCGAUCAUGGAGGAGGAAGACGACGUCGUGGAGAUCAAGAAAGCAAUGGCGACUGGGGGUGCGGCCAGGGACAGUGCGAGUCCUGUCUCAUCAGUACCACCCAUAGUAUGCUACUGCAUUGCCUCGAUCCUCAUGACUGUCGUGAACAAAUUCGUCGUCUCCGGACGAGAAUUCAAUAUGACUUUCAUCCUGCUCUGCGUCCAGUCCACCGUCUCCGUGCUCUGCGUCGUCGCCGCGAAGCGUAUGGGCCUCAUAUCCUUCCGCGACUUCGACACGCGCGACGCGAAGAUGUGGUUCCCAAUUAGCUUCAUGCUCGUCAGCGUGAUAUACACGGGGUCGAAGAGUUUGCAAUACCUGAGUAUACCGGUGUAUACGAUCUUCAAGAACCUGACUAUUAUCCUUAUUGCGUACGGAGAGGUCAUCUGGUUUGGCGGUCGCGUCACCGGCCUCACCUUCGCCUCAUUCAUCCUCAUGGUACUCUCCUCCGUGAUCGCUGCGUGGGCCGACAUCAGCGACGCGCUGACCGCCGGCGACCCCGCGGUCACGGAGGGCCUCGGGAUGCUCACGACGAUGCGCGGCGUCGUGACGAACCUGAACAUCGGCUACUUCUGGAUGUUCAUGAACUGCGCGGCGAGCGCGACGUACGUGCUCUCGAUGCGGAAGCGCAUCAAGGCGACGGGCUUCUCGGACUGGGACACGAUGUUCUACAACAACCUGCUGAGCAUACCCGUGCUCGCGGCGUUCUCGAUCGUCGCGGAGGACUGGGGGACGGAGAAUCUGAGCAAGAACUUCCCGGAGGCGACGAGGAACUUCCUGCUGUUCGCGAUCGCGUUCUCGGGCGCGGCGGCGGUCGCGAUUUCGUAUACGACCGCGUGGUGCAUCCGCGCGACGAGCAGCACGACGUACAGUAUGGUCGGCGCGCUGAACAAGUUGCCCGUCGCGGCGUCAGGGAUGAUCUUCUUCGGCGACGCCGUGACGUUCGGCUCCGUGAGCGCGGUCAGCGUGGGCUUCUUCGCCGGGCUGGUGUACGCCAUUGCGAAGAGCAACCAGAAGAAGGCCGAGAGCGCCGCGACGGGCCAGGCGGGCGUCAUCCCCCUCAGCAGGAAGCCGUGAUGUGUGGCGGUGGUACCGAAGGGAAGCACCGUGGCUUGCGCCUCGAGGGCGUGGGCGUUCUAAUAUCGGACGAGGAUGACGGGGCGUGGGGAGCCUGGUGUCUAUGCCCGCAGCGCGCGACGCAGGGUGUGUGGGUGGCGUGUCCUCGCUGGCGCGGUGGGCCGCGGGUGUGCUGUCGGUGGGUUCGGACAGGGUUUGACAUUGGACAGUUGCAAUUGGGACAGGGCGGGUACUACAGCGCGAUUAGACCCUCGUUUUCGGUGUAUGUAAGUAAGUGGGCUGCGGAGAUGUACGAUGAACCGUACGAUACAAAGACGGCUAUUAAGUA